AUGGGGAACACUCCCGGGGGCAUGCCUGGUCAAGGUGGAAGCCAGGGCCAAGGCAAAGAGAAGAAAGAUGGAGAUGACAAGAAGAAGAAACACGAGGCGCUUGCUCCUCCAUCUCACUUUGGUAGAAAGAAGAGAAAGAUGAAGGGUGCACAGGUUGCUAGCAAGCUGCCGUUGGUGGUGCCUACAUCAAAGUGUCGACUUCGUCUGCUCAAGCAUGAUCGAGUCAAGGACUACCUCAUGAUGGAGGAGGAGUUUAUCCAGGAGCAGCAGCGGUUGAAGCCAAAAGAGGACAAAGAGUCAGAUGAAAAGUCAAAGCUGGACGACAUUCGUGGCACUCCGAUGGAUGUUGGCUCCCUUGAAGAAUUCAUUGACGAGAAUCACUGCAUAGUGUCCACCGCGAUGGGACCAGAGUACUACGUGAACAUUCUGUCUUUCGUUGACAAGGACCAGCUGGAACCUGGUUCCUCGAUCCUGAUGCACCACAAGAAUCUGAGUGUUAUUGGAUUGCUGGUGGACGAAGUGAAUCCGCUUGUGAGUGUGAUGAAGGUCGACAAGGCACCGACGGAGUCAUAUGCUGACAUUGGAGGACUUGAAGAUCAAAUCAUGGAGAUUAAGGAGGCAGUUGAACUGCCUUUGACACACCCGGAGCUGUAUGAGGACGUUGGCAUCAAGCCGCCAAAGGGAGUAAUCCUCUAUGGAGUACCGGGCACUGGAAAAACACUGCUUGCGAAGGCCGUUGCAAGUGAGACAUCGGCAACAUUUCUGCGAGUGGUGGGAAGUGAAUUGAUUCAGAAAUACUUGGGAGAAGGACCUAAGCUGGUUCGAGAAAUGUUUCGUGUUGCACAAGAGCACGCCCCCUCCAUCAUCUUCAUCGACGAGAUCGAUGCAGUUGCCACCAAGAGGUAUGAUACAACGAGCGGUGGCGAGAAAGAGAUUCAGCGCACCAUGUUGGAGUUGCUGAACCAGUUGGAUGGCUUUGAUGAUCGAGGAGAUGUGAAGGUGAUUAUGGCAACAAAUCGCAUAGAAUCUCUUGAUCCUGCCAUGAUUCGUCCAGGACGCAUUGACCGCAAGAUUGAGUUUCCGCUUCCGGACGAGAAGACCAAGCGGCGAAUCUUCCAGAUCCACACGGGCAAGAUGACUUUGGCUGAUGAUGUGAACCUCGAGGAGUUUGUCGUGGCCAAGGACGAUCUCAGUGGCGCUGACAUCAAGGCCAUUUGCACAGAAGCUGGGAUGCUUGCGCUCCGUGAGCGGCGGAUGAAAGUGACUCAGGCAGACAUGAGAAAAGCCAAAGAAAAGGCACUCUACAAGAAGAAAGGUUCCUACCCUGAGGGAAUGUAUUUGUAG